UUAACACACACAGUAGAGGCGCUGUCAAAAUUUUACUGCGUCAACAUCAGAAUAUAUUUUUUAAAAAGGUGGGUUUGCAUCCCUCAAGCCAGGAUGUGUAGAUUCCGAGACAAACUUUCUCUAAUUUCCCUGCUGUUAAUGAUGCAUCAAAGCGAGUCUUUUGAUUUCUGCUUCAAUAACACACUACAAGGCUCCCGACUCAACAGUUCAAUUUUGAAGGAAACAAACGCUUCAGACCAAAUUCAAUGUAUAUUAUCGUGCAUACAAGAGCCAUGUUGUAGAUCUGUGAACUACAGGAAAAUACAUGAGGAUGAGGCAAAUCUCUGUGAGAUGUUGCACGAUGUCGUCUAUAAUACCUCAGCAGAGUUGCAGAAGAAUUUCUCCUAUGAUUACAUUUACUUUACAACACCACAAAAGGAAUAUAAUAGCAACUGUGUCACAGAAGAAGGAGACUUCGAUCUAGUUUUUAAACAGGGUCAAGACGUAACAUUACUUGGCGAUAAUGUGCCACAAAUGUCCAAAUUUACACUUAUGUUUUGGAUAAACAUUAUUUCGAAAGCAAACAAAAUGAAAAUUCUAUCCUACGUUGUGGAUGAAAAUGCCGAAGGAUUUUCGCUUACGGUGUGGAGAGAAAUGAUAAUCCUUAAGCUUAACUCAACGAAAAAGGUUUUUCAUGUUCCGCCAAUCAAUGACGGGUAUUGGCAUCACGUGGGAGUUUCGUGGUACCUUGGAAAAUACGCUUUUUUUCUUGACGGUACAUUGGUUUACCGUGGAGAUGAUUUUGGUUCAAGUUUGCCAUUGAAAGCAGGAGGUGUCUUCGUCGUAGGGCAGAAACUAAAAAGCACAAAUGGGACUUCCAACCACUCAUCUUUCGUCAAACUGAGUCAACUAAAUGUAUGGAGUGAGUUUAUUUCUACUGCUGCUGAUGUCGAAAAUAAAUUCACAAAUCAAAAUUGCUUAAAUAUUGAAUUUGGAGAUGUCAUAAACUGGAGUUCUCUUAAGGACAGCUAUGGUGAUAUGGUCGUCCAGGAACAGCCAAGUUCGUGUAAGCCACUUCGAAAACACCCAAAGUAUGACAUUGUUAUAACACAAUCACAAGACCUUCUUCAAACCUUAAAAUGGGGAGAAACUUUAGUUCAACAAAUCGACGCUUUCACAAUUACAACGUGGGUAAAAUACGAGAAGACGCCAAUGGAUCUGGACACAGCACCUCUGCAUCACAGAUAUGUUGAUUACACAAACGCUUCAGGAACGCCCUUGCUUUUAUUUUACCUUACGGCGGAUAAUCUCACAUUGGAAAUAAAUGGGGUUGAAAAAAGGCAAAAGAUUAAUUUUGUUAUAAGAUAUAGCUUUCAGAAGGAAAGUUAGGCGAGUCUAAUAUAAAAUUUUGCAUUGAUAAACUUUCACGCCUGCAUCUGAAAACAUUUUUGAAAUGACGACUAGCCAAUUAGCACACUUAGCAUAACUUAUUGUUUCCGAAAGGGAAUGUGCUAUCAAAUGCUAGCUGAUUUUACCCGCCUGAAAUAUCAUGGCGAUUCAACACACUACUUACUAGUCUACAACCUAUUUUUAAAAC